AUGGCUCUGCAGUCCCCAUCCCCUCAUGCGUCCAUCUUCGGCAAGAAGAAAAAGUCCUCGUCGCCCAUGCCAACGGCGGCCUCUUACCUAUCUGCUGUUUCCGAAGCAGAUGCUCGUGCUAGAGCCCAUGGAAGUACACCCAAUUCCACUCCCGCACUGUCGCUGUCCUCCUCUGUUACUUCCUCUUCGGACGAAACUGUUCUCGAUGAAUUCGGCGUCGACACGAACGACGUGCUGUCGUAUCCAAGCACUCCCCCGACCUCCGAACAGGUCUUUACGACCAUUCAUUCUGAGUUUGGCCACUGCGCCAACGAAAGCUACAGGUACACGUCCCAGCAUCGCGCUGGCACUCCAUACAAGAGCUAUCCGGAGCAGGACCCGCCGUACUACAUUCUCCUUACUACCUACCUGAGCUAUCUCAUGGUCAUCUGUCUCGGUCAUAUUCGUGACUUCUUCGGAAGACGAUUCAGAGCUCAGAACUACAAACACCUCAUCUCCCAAAAUGGAUACGCAGCUCUCAACUCUGAUUUUGACUCGUUUUAUACCCGUCGACUCAAAACUCGUAUUGACGACUGUUUCUCUCAUCCUGUGACUGGUGUCCCUGGCCGCACAAUUGUUCUGUUAGACCGGUAUUCACCAGAUUACAAUGUGACAAUGGUCCCUACUGGCACUCGGACGCGGGGGCUCAACAUCUCGUCCUACAAUUACCUUGGCUUUGCACAGGCCAAGGGUCCAUGUGCUGAUGCCGUUGAAUCGUCAAUCAACAGAUAUGGAGUAUCCUCGUGUGGAUCGCGCCUCGAAGGAGGGACGCUAGAUCUUCACCAGCAGGCGGAGGCCCUCGUUGCCCGUUUCGUCGGUAUGGAAGAUUCCUUGAUCAGCUCUAUGGGUUUCGCCACAAACUCGACGAUCAUUCCCGCUUUGGUCAGCAAGGGCUGUCUUGUCAUCUCAGACGAGUUCAACCACGCGUCUAUCCGGUUUGGAGUACGUCUGAGCGGUGCCAAUGUUCGCAUGUUCAAGCACAAUGACAUGGCGUCGCUUGAGUCACUUCUGCGAGAAGUGAUCAGCCAAGGCCAGCCCAAGACUCACCGACCGUGGAAGAAGAUUCUUGUUAUCGUCGAAGGAUUGUACUCUAUGGAAGGCACACUGGCGAACCUGCCUGUCAUCAUGGAACUCAAGAAGAAAUAUAAGUUCUACCUCUUCGUCGAUGAAGCACACUCUAUCGGUGCUCUCGGCCCGCAUGGCCGUGGGGUCGCUGACUACUUCGGUCUGAACCCGCGUAGCAUUGACAUCCUCAUGGGUACUUUCACCAAGUCAUUUGGUGCAGCAGGUGGAUACAUCACCGGCAGCAAGGCACUUAUAGACCGCAUCCGCGUUCAUGGACACUCUGGCUGCUAUGCGGAGGCAAUGUCGCCACCUGUGCUUACCCAAGUCAUUGCCAGCAUGGCCAGCAUUAUGGGUAUAUCACCAGCAUCUGAGAAGGCUUCAUCGAGCGUGCUGUCAUUGUCGAAGGGGGAGCCCUCAGUUACUGAGAUGGAGAAGUUCCCCGGAACAGCGCCUAUGACUGUGCUGCCUUCAUGGAUGCCCGUUGCACCGUCGAUGGCCGAUGGCUCUGAUGGCUACGUGCGCCUUCGGCGUCUCGCAUUCAACACGCGAUAUCUCAACCGUGGUCUCCGCAAGCUUGGCUUCAUCACCUAUGGCUGCGACGACUCCCCUGUUGUACCCCUGUUGCUGUUCAACCCCGGCAAGAUGGCAGUCUUCAGCCGCUUGAUGCGCACGCGCCAGAUCCCUAUCGUUGUCGUCGUUGUGGCAUACCCAGCGACGCCCCUGGUCACCUCGCGUGUACGUUUCUGCUUGAGCGCGGCGCAUACCAAGGAUGACGUAGACUUGGUGCUCACCGCAUGUGACGAGAUUGGCGACUUGCUCGACUUGAAGCAGGGCUCGGGCGACAGGUGGCCUCUCAAGGAGAUUAUUGACAGGGCCGUUGAGCUCGUCAACAUGCCGGAGUUGGCUUAG